AUGAGGUCGGGCUAUAUCAGUGUUGACUACAAGAUCCAACGUUCCUACCUCUUUGUGGUGGUCGCCAAUGUCGGCCCCGGCGGCGUCAGUCGCACCCUCUCCGUGGCCUACCGCCAGCACCCUGAGAAAUACAACGCAAGAGGAUCAGGGACACGAGUAGAGCACAUGGUGGCCGACACCCUCGCGCUGAUCGCGAUUCUCUCAGAUCCUGCCAACCGCGCCCCGCUUGAGGCGGAGAAGGCGAUAGCGGAGGACUGGUAUCGUCGCUCUCACGAGCCUCCUGUGAAUGAACGACCCAGUGUGCCUGAUCGCCCGCAGCCCCUUUAUGUGCCCCCGAGCAAGCGUCGGCUGCGCGUGGAACCACUGCCAGAACUGCCAUGGCAGGAUGAGGCAGUCCGCACGUUUCCCUUCACUGCGACGUGCGUACUACUAGCGUUGCUACGGGGCGACCACAGAUACUGGACCUGCAUCGGCGACGUCAAGUUCCAGCCGCUGUCGACGGUAUUCCGGGGCGACUGCAAAGAGUAUGGUCUCAUCGUGCUAGAUAUCUCUGAUCUAAAUAGCGGUGUUAAGUAUGGCAUUGCGGCGUUUAACAUGCGCUACAUGGCCCAGCUUUCGUGGCACAGCGACACGGGGGGCUGGGAUCCUGUCGAAGACCCUCCACCAGCCCAGGAGCCGGAUGUGGUCCUGGACCUUCCGCGGCCUCGAGAGCUGCUAUCGAUUGUUCAGUGGAUAGGGGAGUAUUACCACUGGUCGGAUCUGAAGUCGCUACACAUUGUCGAACAACUGGAGCUGAGGCCACUGGCGGAUGCGACCUCCUUAGAUUACAUUCGACCUCCUAAGUCCACCGUCAAGCCGCCAGACUAUAUGGUCGGCUACUCUAUAACAGACGACCGGCCGCCUGAUACAAAAGAGGCGUCAACACCAUCCUCCAGCAGGACCACACUGACUGAGCCACCACCACCAGUCCCAGCAGACAUCGACCGUGCAAUUCACGAUCUGCUCGAUCUCACCCAGGAACCCACCCCCGGACCCCUCCAGAAGAGAGAAAAGCCUGUGUUCCGUUGGAGACUGCAGCAGAGACUUGAAGAGGAACCCUACAGGCUUGGUCCCUUUAUGUUCUCCAGCCAGGUCCUGCGUGUUGCAUAUGCGGCGUGUCAGCACCUUAACUGGGUGGUAUUUAACCUAUCACCUCAUAUCAUUACCGCCGCUAUAAGAUCAGAUGAGCUUCGGGCUGCGUCUGCACUGAGUAUCUGUGUUGACCAGCCCCGAUUCGCAGAGUCGGGCCUCGGUGAUCUUGCAGCAGCCCUGGCGCAGUCGACAUCCCUUAAACAAGUCUGCCUUGUACAUCGGCCGGACUAUAUGAACGACGAUAUAUCAGCUCGUCUCCACUCAUAUAUACUAAAACAAUGGGAGAGUGACUCUAACCACACCAUGAAGUCGAGAACCAUCUAUUCGACCUCAGCCUUCCUAACUGGUUUACGCAGUCGCGAAUAUCUUCCUUCGUCCCCGACGAUUAGUUCUAGUCACACCUCCUUCUCUCCUACGGUCUUUCCUACGAUACACCUCUUCAUGUUUGACAGCACGAACGGUUCCAGCACUGGAUAUACGAGCUACUACUGUAUGGAAAAUACUAUGUUAACCGCGGGGGACUUCGCCAUCCGAUUCCUCGGAUACCUCCAAGCCCUGGGCCCAGAAAUGCAACCUAACAAGGCGAUCUUACGAUUCGCCUAUAACUGGGGGCUGUGGUUGUUCCCUCCCAUCCGUGACGGGAGCCCCCACAGGCCACCCCGGUCCAUUAAAACGGCAUCAUCAGCGGCAGAUGAAUUGGGCGUACGUCCCAUUCCCCUAGGCUUCUUCGACCCCGAGCCGGAUCUCAACAGCCCCUCCAGUGUCCGGCUGGGAGAGGUCCCACGCGGGGGUUGGGUGGUUCUUGUAGAUCGACGAGAUCCUAAAAGUGAACGGGGCGAGGACAAGCCCUUCCUACAAUACUCUUUCGUGCGCAUUCAUGGCGCCCCCGUCGAGAUGGCACCCGAGGAAGGGGAACAGCAACCCCAUCAACAACAUGCAGAACAACAACAGCAAAACCAACAAAAAGAAGAAGAAGAACCCCUAAACUCCCUUCAAGUAAUUGGCGGGCUGACCGACUUCCUACGGAUCACCGUGCCAGACACGGACAUAUCCACAUGGGAGACACGGCUGGAGGUGGUCGAGAGCGAGGUAUCUACCGCUUCAAUCGAGACAACUCCGUCCAGCGUGUCGUCAUCGACUCACGCGUCUGUGAAUACGUGGGUCCGAAGGCUCAUGGAACGGAGCCAACAGGGGGAGGAAACGGCCGAGCACGACGAGGUCGUGGAGCAACAGCGGCUAGAGCAGGAGCUCUUGGAGGCACAAAUCGGGGUGGAAGAGGUCGAGACGGAAGAACCCUGCAGCAAGGUCCGCGCUAUGGCGGAGAGCUUGGCUCUUACUUUGCUCGGCCGGUUACGGUGA